AUGAAGAAGGAAAGAACCGGCGACAACUGCCGCCCUUUUAAAUUAGCUCAUCAAAUUUUGAGCUUGACUGGCAUUAGCUUUGAAAGACGCAGUAUCAUUGGUUUUGUAGAGUUAACUAUUGUCCCGUUAAAAGAUAACCUGAGGUUUAUUCGUUUAAAUGCAAAGCAGUGCCGAAUUUAUCGAGUUUGCCUUAAUGACCAGUAUGAAGCCAAUUUUCAGUACUGUGAUCCUUUUUUGGAUAUAUGUCAAGCAGAUCCAAAUACACGGUCCCUUGAAACUUUUUCUCGGUGCCAUCUAGCUGCAGCACAAAAAGUAGAUCCUGAUCAUAAUUCUGGAGAACUUCAUAUUCAAGUACCUGAUGAUGCUGCUCAUUUAGUUGGUGAAGGUAGAGGAUUACGAAUCGGUAUAGAAUUUUCUCUGGAGUCUCCACAGGGUGGACUGCAUUUUGUUGUACCAGAAGGGGAGGGAACAUUGGUUGAGAAAUCAGCACACAUGUUUACAUAUGGGCACUCAGCAAGACUUUGGUUUCCUUGUGUAGACAGUUUUGCGGAGCCUUGUACUUGGAAGUUAGAAUUUACAGUUGACGAGUGUUUAACUGCUGUGUCUUGUGGUGAGCUUUUGGAUGUGGUGUACACUCCAGAUCAUAGAAGAAAAACUUUCCAUUAUGUUGUAAAUACUCCAGCAUGUGCACCCAAUAUAGCACUAGCCAUAGGACCCUUUGAAACUUAUGUUGACCCUCAUAUGAAUGAGGUUACUCAUUACUGUUUACCAAAUCUGAUGCAAAUUCUUAAGAACACAGUGCGAUAUUUACAUGAGGCUUUUGAGUUUUAUGAAGAAACACUAUCUACAAGAUAUCCAUACCCAUGCUACAAACAAGUAUUUGUGGACGAAACUGAAGAUGAUGCAUCAGCAUAUACUACAAUGUCAGUAUUAAGUACCCAUCUUCUCCACUCAAUUGCCAUAAUUGAUCAAACAUACAUAAGUAGGAAGGCUAUGGCACAGGCAGUGGCAGAACAGUUUUUUGGCUGCUUCAUAACCAUGCAGAAUUGGUCUGACUUAUGGCUCGCUAAAGGGAUACCAGACUAUCUUUGUGGACUGUACUCAAAGAAGUGCUUCGGAAAUAAUGAGUAUAGAUAUUGGAUUCAUCAGGAGUUACAAGAGGUUGUGACUUAUGAAGAGCAAUAUGGAGGAAUAGUUCUCGACCCUUGGCAGCCGCCAGCGAGUGGUGCUCGUGUGGAACCCAAGGAUGUUUUCUACUUUCCAGUCCGUAAUGUUCACACAAUGUCGCCGCGGUAUAUCGAGGUAAUGCGGAAGAAAUCACACCUGGUGCUGAGGAUGUUGGAGCAGCGGAUAGGCCAAGAGCUCCUCCUUCAGGUGUUCAACAAGCAGCUGUCUCUGGCGACGAACGCCGCCAACACCAAGAUCGGCAGUGGCAUGUGGGGCCACCUGUUGCUGUCAACCAACCUGUUCGUGAAGGCGAUAUUCACUGUGACCGGCAAGGAAAUGGCGGUUUUCGUGGACCAAUGGGUCCGGACCAGCGGUCACGCCAAGUUCCAGCUCACCUCGGUCUUCAAUCGGAAAAGAAAUACAGUGGAAUUGGAAAUACGACAAGACAGCGUGCACGAGCGCGGCAUAAGAAAGUACGUGGGUCCAUUAUUAGUGCAGCUUCAGGAAUUGGACGGCACUUUUAAGCACACGCUGCAGAUAGAGAACACGGUGGUGAAAGCGGACAUUACGUGCCACAGCAAGAGCAGGAGAAACAAGAAGAAGAAGAUACCCUUAUGUACCGGCGAGGAGGUCGACAUGGAUCUGUCGGCUAUGGACGACUCGCCGGUGCUGUGGAUCCGCUUGGACCCGGAGAUGUCGCUGCUGCGCAGCACCGUCAUCUCGCAGCCGGACUACCAGUGGCAGUACCAGCUGCGGCACGAGCGCGACGUGACCGCCCAGAGCGAGGCCAUUGACGCGCUGCACGCCUUCCCCGAGCCGGUCACGCGCAAGGCGCUCACCGACACCAUAGAGAACGAGCAGGCGUACUACAAGAUCAGGUGCAGGGCCGCCCACUGCCUCACCAAGGUGGCGAAUGCGAUGAUCAGCUCGUGGGCCGGUCCGCCGGCCAUGUUGACGAUAUUCCGUAAAAUGUUCGGAUCCUUUGCAGCCCCGCAUAUCAUCAAGCAGAAUAAUUUCGACAAUCUGCAGCAUUAUUUUCUGCAGAAAACUAUACCGGUCGCUAUGGCUGGCUUGAGAAAUAUACACGGCAUUUGUCCUCCGGAAGUGGUGAGGUUUCUUCUGGAUUUAUUCAAGUACAAUGACAACUCGAAGAAUCAUUUUUCGGACAAUUACUACAGGGCGGCGCUAGUAGACGCUUUGGCUGCGACCAUAACGCCAGUCAUAUCUGUACUGCAACCUGGGGCACCUAUUACCGCCGAUUCUCUGUCAGCGGAUACGAAACUCAUUUUAGAAGAGAUUACGCGAAUGCUAAAUUUGGAGAAAGUGUUGCCGUGCUAUAAAAAUACCGUUACGGUCAGCUGUCUUCGCGCUAUCCGCCGACUGCAGCAGUGUGGCCAUCUGCCAAGCAUUCCCACAGUGUUCAGAGCGUACGCGCAAUAUGGCCAGUAUAUAGACGUGCGCCUGGCGGCGUUCGAGUGCCUGGUGGACUUCGUGCGGGUGGACGGCAGGCCGGAGGACCUGUCGUCGCUCCUCACCGCGGUCGAGAACGACCCGGAGCCGGGAGUGAGGCACGGGCUGGCGCGGCUGCUGGUCAGCAUGCCGCCCUUCGAGCGGGCGCAGCGCCACCGGCUGGACACCGAGGCGGUCGUGCACAGACUCUGGAAUAACAUAAAUAGUCAUCUGUCGAACGAUGCAAGAUUGCGUUGCGAUCUGGUGGAUCUAUAUUUCACGCUGUACGGAUUAAAGAGGCCGAUAUGCGUGCCCAUAGUGGAGAUACAAGCUAUGAUGAAACAGAUGCACCACAAGGAGAGAGAGAGAUUGGAAAGGGAAAGAGAAAGAGAAAGAGAACGAGAACGGGAGCGGGAAAGGGAGAGAUUGAGAGAAUUGGAGUCGAAGCCGGUGAUCAAGCAAGAAGUGGAUGAUACGCAGAUAAAACUAGAGUUGGGCGUUGGUCCUCUGGACGAGCCAAUGCCCUUGGCACCAGCCAGUACCGCGAAUCCGACCGAAUCCAUUGGCGACGAGGUCCUCCCAGUGCCUUUGUCCAGCAUCAAGGAGGAGGAUGUGAAAAUUGACGUGGUGUCGGUCAGCGAAAUGCCAAUAAGGGUGUACAGUGACGACAAUAAACGCGAAUUCAACUGUGACAACGCCGUCGCCUUGCCCGGCAUCCCGGGCUCGUCUGGACCAAUUGGUUUCGAGCCAGGCAUGUUCAAGAACGACAAGGACGAUUUAGGAGCACCAAAGGCUAAGAAGAAGAAGAAGGAGAAGAAGAAGCACAAACACAAGCACAAACAUAAGCACAGCAGCAAGGACAAAUCUUUAAAAGAAAAGGACAAAUCGCUUCCGCCGAGGCCGCCCUCUAGCACGGAUCACUUGAAGAUAAAAGAAGAGACGAGGGAAACUCUUAGCUCAUUCAGUUCGAGCCAGAGCCCUUCGGAAGACGUCUCGUCGAUGCCCUCUAAUAUGAGUUUU